CCUUGCUCCUGUUGAGGGCGCCGGGGUCUCUCCAGCGCCCGUUUUAAAAACUAGAAUUCGUCUGUACGCCACGGGAGGUGCCUCUCUCGGCGCCGUUUCCCGCGGUUUCCCACUGCAGUAGACGCGAAGUAGCGCACCGGACGCCUUUUCGUCGUGCUCAGUCACUCCCCACACCGCGGACCAGAACGUUCGCCGGUUUCGUGCCUCUUUGCUGCGUUUUAAGCAUUCUUAGACUCCUUACCAGUUUCGUCCUUGCAUUGGGAGUUCGAACUUCGUUGAUCCUGUCUGUCCGUGCUUCUCUGAGGGAGAAACGAACGGAUUUGUCUUCCCCCAACCCCCGCCGCCACAGCGCGGUCCCUGAGUUUUCUUGCUGUCUCUUGGUUACAUUUUCCAAGCACCGCCAAAGGAAUCUCAGCCAGCGAAUUCGAGGGAAUGCCACCGAAUCCAUUGCCAUAGUAUGAAUUUACUCCUUUGAUCUUCCAUUCACCCCCCGCCGUCGUCGUGCACGGUCCCCGACUUGCGCAAAAGUUCCUUUCCCGCACAAAGCUGCUUCAGUGCGUCUUCCAGGAUGGCGCCGAAGAAGAAAGGCGGUCGAGGUGGACGGCGCGGUGGCCUGUCCAGUGACGAGGAGUUCGAAGCAAAGAAGCCGACGCCCGUUCCAGCUGCGGAUUCCACCGACUCGGAGUCGUCGAGCGAGGACUCCAGCGAGGACGAGCGUCCCCGGCGCGGUGCCAGCAGAUUCGCCCUCGCCGUUUCCAGCAGCGAGUCUGACAGUGACAGUGAGAGCGAAAGCGCCAGCGGAAGUGAGAGUGAAAGUGAGAGUGGAGGCGGCAGCGAGAGUGGAAGCGAGCGCGAGGACAAGUCGAAGGCGCGUGAUGGCAAGGCCGCUCCGAAGCAGGCGGGGAGGAAGGUCGAGUCUUCGUCCUCUGCAGACGAAAAGGAAGCCGAGUCGAGUGACGAGGAAUCGAAGAACGCGAAGGGAGGAGGCAAAAGGAAGUCCGAACGCGAGUCCGAUAAUUCAGACGAGGAGCUAAAGACAAAGGCGCAGCCGUCUCGACCCCAAGGGAAGGCGAAGGCUUCGCCCAAAAAGGCCCAAGGAAAGGGGAAAAAGGGGAAGCAGGUAGAUGAUGACGACUUGGAUGCUGUUCUUGAGGAAGUCGGAGCAAGUGUGCCUGGGAAGGCGGAGUCGCCUGCGGUAGCAGAGAAGGGCAAGAAGGGCAAGAAGGACAAAAAGGAAGCUGACGACCUCGAUGAUCUCCUUGCAGAGUUGGAAAGUCCAGCGAAAAAGGGAGCGUCUCCGGUGGCUGCCGCCGCUGCGGCUCCUGUUACAGUCGAGAAGCCGGCUGUUUCCGAUGAAGAGGCAGAAGGCCGUGGAGCUGCUCCUGGCGGUUUGACGAAGAAUCAGUUGAAAAAGCAGAAGAAGAAGCAGGCAGCUCAGAAGAAAGUCGCUCAGAAGAAGGACGACAGCGACGACGAAACCAAACCGGCACCCCCCGCGAAAAAAGGCCCUCUGAGUGCUGCCGCGCGAGCGGCGCAGGAGCGUCUUCGACUUCUCAAGGAAGAGGAAGAACGUCAAAAGAAGGAGGAAGAGGAGCGGAAGCGCCAGGAGGAAGAACAGAGGAAGCGAGAAGAGGAGGAGGAGAAGAGACGGCAAGAGGAGCGCGCACUGAGAGAGCAGAGACGAGCUGAGAGGAAGCAGCGUUUGAAGGAAGAAGGGAAGCUGCUGAGUUCCAAGGAGAAGAAAGAGAGGGAGCGACAGCAAGCCUUUCUGCGACAGCUCCAAGAAAAGGGCGUCGUACUUGGCGAGGAUCAAAGCGAGACAAGCCACAAGAAGAAGAGCUCGCGCGCCGUGGACGGAAAGAAGAAGAAGAAGAAAGAGAAGACAGAGACACCGGAGGAUGCCGAGGAAGCGGAGUCCUCCCGAAGACGCGAAGAAGAACCGAGAGAAGAAGAGAAAAAACGCAAAGAGGAAGAGCCAGCUCAUGAAAACUGGGAGGAGUUGUUGGACGAAUUAGACGACGACGGCGACUCUCCGGACGCGAAGACGAACACCGAGAAGGAGCAGCAAUCACAGAAAGUGAAGAAGGGAGGGGCGAACGCGCGGCAGAGAGCCGCCAUGGAAGCAGCUGCAGCGGUCGAGGCCGCUGCGGCUGCUGAGAAGAAGGCCCAAGAAGAGGCUGCGGAGAAAAAAAAGAAGGAAGUCGAGCUCAGGUCUCCCAUCGUCUGCAUUCUGGGCCAUGUCGAUACAGGAAAGACGAAACUUCUGGACAAGAUACGACACACGAACGUCCAAGACAACGAGGCGGGAGGAAUCACUCAACAGAUCGGUGCGACGUAUUUCCCUCCCGAGGCUCUUGUGGAACAGUGCAGAAAGUUCAGCAAGGCCGAGCUUCGUUUGCCAGGCCUGUUGAUCAUCGACACACCGGGGCACUCGUCCUUCACAAAUCUGCGCGCGCGGGGGUCAUCUCUCUGCGACCUGGCCAUCGUCGUCGUAGACAUCAUGCAUGGAAUGGAGCAGCAGACUCGCGAGUCUCUUGAGUUGCUGAAGCAGAAAAAAUGUCCGUUCAUCAUCGCGCUGAACAAAAUCGAUCGCCUGUACGGGUGGAACAGCAUUCCAUGGCAGCACGACAUUCCGAAGCAUCUCGCGUCGCAAGGGCCUUCGACGAGAGACGAAUUUGACAGGCGCGCCAUGGAGGCCAUCACUCAGCUGCAAGAGGAAGGCUUCAACUGCCGGCUGUACUGGGAGAACGAAGACGUGAGGAAGAACGUCUCUGUCGUACCAACGUCGGCCGUCACGGGCGAAGGCGUUCCCGAUCUGCUGAACUUAGUCGUUCAGGUUAACCAGACCUUGAUGCAGAGAACCAUUGCCAAGGAAGCUGUCGACAGCCGACUCGCGAGAGGUGAUCGACAACUCCAGUGCACCAUUCUGGAGGUGAAAGCGAUCGAUGGCUUGGGUACGACGAUCGAUGUGAUUCUCGUUCACGGGACGCUGUACGAAGGAGACAAGAUUGUGGUGUGUGGGAUGAGCGGGCCGAUCGUCACGACGAUCCGCGCGCUGCUGACGCCUCAACCGCUGAAGGAGCUUCGCGUCAAGGGGGAGUACAUCCAGCAUGCUUUCAUCCAAGCGGCCAUGGGAGUGAAGAUCUCUGCGCCGAACCUGGAAGAGGCGGUGGCAGGCACGAGUGUGUUUGUCGUGGAAGAAGACGACGACAUCGAGGAUUUGAAGGAAGAAGUCAUGAGCGACAUGGGAUCCAUUUUCAAGUCUGUCGAUCGGACCGGAAGCGGCGUGUACGUCAUGGCAAGCACUCUCGGGAGUCUGGAAGCGCUUCUCGUCUUUUUGCAGGAGAGCAAGAUCCCUGUCUUCGGAGUCAACAUAGGCACAGUCCAGAAGAAGGAUGUGAAGAAGGCGAGUAUCAUGAGGGAGAAAGGUCGACCGGAUCUGUCCGUUAUCCUUGCGUUCAACGUCAAAGUUGACCCCGAAGCGGAGAAGGAAGCGAAGACCCUCGGCGUCAAGAUCAUGACAGCUGAGAUCAUUUAUCACCUGUUCGACGAGUUCACUGCGUAUUUCCAGAGCAUGAAAGAAGAGAAAAAGAAGGCCGUUGCACAGGAGGCGAUCUUCCCGUGCAUCUUGGGAGUCUUGCCGCAGUACAUUUUUAACAAGAAAGACCCGUUAAUUCUCGGCGUCGUUGUCGAAGAAGGAAUCCUCAAAGUCGGGACACCCCUCUGCGUUCCUGAUAAAGGGGAUCUGCGUAUCGGUCGCGUGGUGUCUCUGGAGGUGAACAAGAAGCCUUGCGACAAGGCAACGAAGGGCCAGGAGGUGUGUGUAAAGAUUGCUGGAGAACCGACGGUGAUGAUUGGUCGACACUUCGACGCGAAAAACAAGCUUGUUAGUCGCUUGACGAGAGACUCCAUCGACUGUUUGAAGGAGCAUUUCCGCGACGAAAUGUCAAAGGACGACUGGAAGACGGUUAUCCAUUUGAAGAAGAUUCUUGGCAUCCAGUAGAGACUUUCAGAAAAAACGUGAACUGCGCGUUUCUCGUGCGCCGCGGGAACUGUUUUGCGGGGAGUGAUCUGGGCAUUUUGUGAGUUUCGUAAAUGCAUUGCUCCGGGAAGAAGAAAGUACGUUUGCAUGCAACGCGUAUUUCUCUCCAAAGUCUUCUGCUCUUCUGACAAAGUGACUUUUGAAGGCCGCCUUUUCCUGGCCCCUGUGCGUCGAACCUUGCGCUUCAAUCCUGCGUGCAUGCGUCUGUGUCGACUUAUAUAAAUAGAUGCUGUAACCAUAUAUAGAUAUACAUAAGAAUAACGGUUUUUUCGAGGUAGAAGAGCAGCGGCUUUCUUUCACGAGAGGCGGGGACGUUCGAAUCUUCAGAAGAACCGCUUGUGGUGAUGUGCCAGGUGGUUGCGAGAGAUCGGCGAAACGUUUUUGCGGGGGACGGCAUGCUCCGACGCUGCCGCAUUGUGUUGAGAGGAAACGGGUUCCUUUUCAAGAAAUGCGAUUUUUGAGACUUUUCCGCGACAUUCUGGCAGUGCUUUCGUCGCCUCGGAAGCAGGAAGCAGUUUCGCAGAUUCGUGUCUCUUCUGCAUGCGCAGAAUUCCGAGUCGAUGCAGAGCUCCCGACCUCAGCGGCAGAUGGCGGUCUUGCAUGUGUACAUGAAGGCCGGAAAUGCACGCGGGGACGUUAAAUCGAGGGGAAAACCUUCCUCCAUCAGGGUAGCACAUGAAGGCGACAGUCGCCAGCAAAAGCGUUUGUGUAGGGAAGUCCCCAGACGCUCGCUUCCUGCACGCGUAGAUUGUCAUCGCGUUUUUAGCUGGCCAUGGCCAGCCGACAGUCCCGAGAGAGUCGAACGCGUUGCGCGCCGGCCUCAAACUCCCUCUCACCUGCCUCCGCCUUUCGGCUGAUAUCUGCCUCGAGUCUCGGGGGACACUGAAACGUUUGUGCACAGGAAGCCUCACAGUUUUUCCCCACACUCAGCAUCUGUCCCUCGCCUUCCAAGAAAGACGACACAGUUUGUGUUGACCUGAGUCCCGGCCCCCCCCGAGAAGAGAGACCCGAAGUGCAACGGCACUUCUGAAACUGCAUGCGCUGCGGCAUCCGAGAAAAACGCAUGCGUGCUUCGGAGCUCACAAGCGACGAUUCGAAGACACGACGUUUUGCAGGGGCUGAGAAGCGAAAAGAACGACGCUUCACAAAGGAUUUGCACCAGCCGUCUGGCCUGUGAAUCGCUCUGCACAGAUUCCUCUCGAAUUCACACGAUGACACGAUCUGGAAAGUGCAAGAAAGAUGUGAUAACAAAGUCGAACGUCGGUCUACAAAACAUACGCAAUUCGCGCAGACCCCUCGACGGCCAAAGGAUUCUCUGUGUACCCACGCUUUCCCUGAGAGAAAGACUGAAAAAAAUAAACCUCUGCAUGCACUGAAAAUCAAAUGCUUCUUCCCACUCGUGUGCGCCGUCGGCGUCUCUGCACGUUCGCCAGAGACGCAGACCAGCGCAGUUUCAGCUGUCUCCCUCAGCGUAAAAAACGC